AUGUCUCCAGGACUUCCCAACCCGAAUCUGGCUACUACUACUGAGAGUUCAUUCGAUCUUGACGAUCUUGAGGAUAUUAGCGACUGGGAUACUGACCAACUCUCGCCCUCCUUCUCACCCUCGGCACGACUCCAAAUUCACCGAUCCACCUCUUUGCAGACGGAGGGUAUGAGUAGUGCGACGAUUUCCACCCCAAAGGCAAUGCCACCGCUUCACAGUGUUAUAGCACAGCAUGGUGCUAUAGCAGCCAUUAUCGUCGAAGUUGGCCCAGACCGCAGAAAAUACCACGUCCAGAAGGCAUUUUUGACUCACUACUCGGAAUACUUCUCUAAGGCACUAAAUGGAGCUUGGAAAGAAGCGAAAGACAAGAUCAUACGUCUGACCGACAUCGAGCCUGCCAUCUUCGGCCUGUUCAUUGAGUGGCUGUACACUCAAAACCUGCCCAAUCUCAUCACCCUCGACGCGAACAAAAUCGAUCUAUCUAGUCGAUUGUGGAAGAUCAAACUGUACGUAUUCGCCGACCGAUUCGCAGUGAGUCGAUUGAGAACCGCUCUGAAUCUGGAGAUUGUGAAGCUUACAAUGCCUCUCCACACAUCUAUUUGGGAUUAUGCUUCUAUCGUCUAUGCUUUUGCAAACCUCCCCUCUACGGAUCCGCUCCUGGAUUUCUUCGUAGAUCUUCACUACGCAUACUGGGAUGACACGGGCGACGAGUCUCAGGACAAGGACAGAUUCGACGAAUUGCCGCGGGAGUUCCUCUUGCGGUUCUUCAAAAGAGUAGGAACGGAGAGAUGUUUUAAAAAGCGAUUUCGUCUUACCGGCUCUUAUGAUAUCGAUCUCUGCAGCUACCACGAACACGCAACAGACCAGGAAAAGAGGGAAUGCGGUCAUCAAUCCAAGCCGCAACCCAAAUCGAUUCCUCUUAAACGGGGGCUCAGAGGCAUUGAGCGGGCAGAAACUAAGUAG